GCCUUCAGGGUGAAACUUUUCCAUGGGCGUCCUCCGGUUUGCUUGUUGUCCAGAAAAUCUGAAAGACUCGUGCAGCCCAGCCAGGAGACUUCAAAUUGUCGUGGAAAUUAGACAACCCUCACAGACUCGUCCUCUGAAGUCAUGGCUUCCUCCAGCAGUGUCCUGUGUGAAGAUCAGCUCCAGUGCUCCAUCUGUCUGGAUGUGUUCACUGAUCCAGUCUCUACUCCAUGUGGACACAACUUCUGUAUGAUCUGUCUCAAAGAGUUCUGGGACAGCAGUUCACACUGCCAGUGUCCAAUGUGUAAGGAGGAAUUCCUUAAAAGACCUGAGUUAUGUGUUAAUACGUUCAUCUCUGGACUUGCUGCUCCAUUUAAGAAGUCAGUUCAGGUGAAAUCCAGCAGCGCUGCAGAAAAACCGACCCAAUCUCUGGUGCUCUGUGACAUCUGCUGUGAAAAGAAACGUGUAGCUGUGAAGUCCUGCCUGACCUGUAUGACCUCUUACUGCAAGACUCACCUGGAACCUCAUGAGAGAGUUUCUUCAUUGAAGAAGCACAAACUGAUGGAGCCUGUGGAGAACCUGGAGGACUACAUCUGCCAGAAACAUGAGAGACCCCUGGAGCUGUUCUGUAGAGACGACCAGACGUGUGUGUGUCAGUUCUGUACUGAGGGAGACCACAAAACUCACAACACUGUUCCUAUAGAGGAGGCGAGUGGAGAGAAGAAGACUGAGUUGGGGAAGACACGAGCAGAAGUUCAGCAGAUGAUCCAGGAGCGACUGAAGAAGAUUGAGGAAAUCAAACACUCUGUAGAACGCAAUAAAAAAAACACAGAGAAGGAGAAAGCAGACGGUGUGGAGAUCUUCAGUGCUCUGAUGCGCUGCAUUGAGAGAAGCCAGGCUGAGCUGCUUCAGGUGAUGGAGGAGAAGCAGAAAGCAGCAGAGAAGCAGGCUGAAGAGUUGAUUAAAGAGCUGGAGCAGGAAAUCACUGAGCUAAAGAGGAGAAACACUGAGCUGGAGCAGAUCUCACACACUGAGGAUCACCUCCACCUCCUACAGAUUUACCCGUCACUGUGCAGCCCUCCACACACCCAGGACUGGACUGACGUCACAAUUAACUCUCAUCUGAGUCUGGAGCCUCUGAGGAGAGCUCGGUCUCAGCUUCAGGAAACUCUCAGUGAGGAAAUGGAGAAGCUUGAUGAAACUGAAAUGAAGAGAAUUCAGGAAUAUGCAGUGGAUGUGACUCUGGAUCCUGAUACAGCGAAUCCUUAUCUCAUCCUGUCUGAUGAUGGGAAACAAGUUACAUGUGGAGACAAGAGACAGGAUCUCCCUGAUAACCCAGAGAGGUUUAAUUAUUAUGUCAUUGCGUUGGGAAAGGAGGGAUUCUCCUCAGGGAGAUUUUACUAUGAGGUGCAGGUCAGAGGGAAGACUGAGUGGGAUUUAGGAGUGGCCCGGGAGUCCAUUAACAGGAAAGGGAAGAUUACAGCCUAUACUGAAGAUGGAUACUGGUGUGUGAGGAUGAGGAAUAAGACUGAAUAUUAUGCUCUGGACUCUGCUCGUGUCUCCCUCUCCUUGAACGCGGCUCCUCAGAAGGUGGGGGUGUUUGUGGAUUAUGAGGAGGGUCUGAUCUCCUUCUAUGAUGUUGAUGUAAAAUCUCAUAUCUACUCUUUCACUGGUCAGACUUUCACUGAGAAACUUUAUCCAUACUUCAGUCCCUGCACUAAUGAUGGAGGUGAAAAUUCAGCACCACUGAUCAUCUGUCCUGUUAGUCAAAUCUAAUAUAAAUUUAUAAAACUGAAUUUUAUUUCUUAAUAAAAAUGAAAACAGUGCUGUUAUUAUCUGACAUUUGUUUUAAGUUAAAAAUAAAUGAUGUUUACAUUUUAUUUAUGUGUAAAAUGUAAAUGUUUUACUGUCGCUCUCAUUGUGAUGAUCCUCCGUGCUAAAGUGGUCUAAUCCUGUCAGGAUCCAUCAUCACUCCUGUAACUGAUCUUCAAAUCACAUUUACUCAAAUACAUUCUCAAUUUUAAUUUAAAAUAUAUUUUUUAAAGAACAUGUUUUAAUUCGGCUCAGAUUUAAUAAUGCAAGCUAUUUUUAUUGGCAAUAACUAGAGAAAUAAGUAGAAUACAUUAUUUUCUGUAAUUUUCAGUGUUCUGAAGGUUGUUUCUACAUCAAAUGUAUAUUAUGAAUAAAGCGCUAAGAAAUAAAAUCUA